UAUAAUUAAGACAUACGGCUGAGAAUUCGUCUACGCGAUCAAACGGUUGAAAAUCAUUCUUGGUGUAUUCUUUAUUGCUCCCCUAUUUAUCUGAAGGACGAAGAAGUCCUCACGCUGAACAUAACAUAUCAUAACGCAGAAAGAAAACGUUAGGAGAGAAGAAGAAGAUGUCGUGGCAAACUUACGUCGAUGAACAUUUGAUGUGUGAUGUCGGAGAUGGUCAGGGCCAUCACCUAGCCGCAGCCGCAAUCUUCGGUCAUGACGGUAGUGUUUGGGCUCAGAGCGCCAACUUCCCUCAGUUCAAGGGACAAGAGUUCGCCAAUGUAAUGAAAGAUUUUGAUGAACCGGGCCACUUAGCACCCACAGGGUUAUUCCUCGCAGGAGCCAAGUAUAUGGUGAUCCAAGGCGAGCCUGGCGCUGUAAUCCGUGGCAAGAAGGGAGCAGGAGGCAUAACCAUAAAGAAAACAGGACAGUCAUGCGUGUUUGGGAUCUACGAAGAGCCUGUGACACCAGGACAGUGCAACAUGGUCGUCGAGAGGUUGGGUGAUUACCUCAUCGAACAGGAUCUCUAGAUCCUCAUAUCCUCAAAACCUAUUAGAAUGUUCCUCCUUCCACAUUUUUUAUUUAUAAACUUAUAUUUGGUAUUGGGUUUGUGAAGCCUG